AUGUACUCCAGAGUUGAUACAUUGUUUAUCUUUGUUGGCUGAAUGAGCAAAUGAAAGUAAAAUCAGAUGCAACAAUGGAGGUCGAAAAGAAGCAAUCAAAGGGGGGAUUUUUUCAUUUGUUUGAUUGGAAUGGUAAAUCUCGAAAGAAAUUGUUCUUGAACACUGCUGAAAUCUCAGGAGAAUCAAAGAAAGGAAAACCUGUGGAAAAUCAACUGAAGUCACCGCCUUUUAUGGUGGGGGAUGACUACAAUGGCGCUUCAAGUAAUACAUGCAGUGCUGUUUUUAGUUCGGCUUCCUCGGUGACUAGUGAUGAAGGAUGUGGAUCUAGAGCACCUGGAGUUGUUGCUAGGCUUAUGGGUUUGGAAUCAUUGCCCACGCCGAAUAUAUCCGAGCUAUCUUCUACGACAUAUUCAGGGUCUUGCUCUCUUAGAGUGUCUCAUUAUGAAAGGAGUAUUCCUAAUUUGUGGAAUGAAUAUCCACCUAUGGACUACACCGUCUCUAACAAGCUUGAUAGGUCGUCUUCCGAUCCCAUUGAACCAAGGUUUCAUACGGUGAAGAACCGACCGAUUGAGAGAUUUCAGACUGAAAUAUUGCCACCGAAAUCAGCAAGACCGAUUCCAAUAACUCACCAUAAGCUCUUGUCUCCUGUCAAGAGUCCGGGGUUCAUCCCAACCAAAAAUGCAGCUUAUAUAAUGGAGGCAGCUGCAAAGAUUAUAGAUGUUAGUCCUCAGACAACUUCCAAAACUAAAGGGUCUUCAUUUGGUUCUUCUUCAGUCGCUUUGAAAAUCCGGGAUUUGAAAGAGAAAAUCGAAGCCGCACAUAAGGUAUCCAGGCCUCAAAGAUUUGAAGAGCCUAGUUCGAGUGCGGCAAAGUCUUUGAAAGAAGGAAAGAGUCAUAAUAAAUCAGAUUAUGCAUCAACAUUAAGGACAUCUAGGGAUUCAGAGAAAGGUAGUUGUAACAGUUCAAGGAAUAAGGGGAAAUCAGUCCCACUUGCACAACGAGCAAGGGCUAAUGGUCGGAGGAAAGAGGAGUCGUUUUCAGGUAGUAAUGGGAGUUCUGCAAAUCCGGAGCAAGGGAAUGAUGCUAAAGGAAAACAAUUUUCUAGGAGCCGGGCCGAUAUGCGAAAAAAUGUGGAGGAUGGAACUUCUGCUAAUAGGACUAACAAUGUCCUGAGGCAGAAUAAUCAGAAGCAGAACUGCAUAUCUGGUAGAGACUACUCAACAUCAAACGCUUCAACCCGGGACCGGCAAGGUAGAAAGGUUAGGUCCUUAAAUGGCACAGUGGGGUUGAAUAGGACUAUAAACAAGGUGACUGUGACCUCCGAAUCUCAGUCCAGGAACACGGGUUCUUCAAAGGAGCUUCCCAUGUCUAGAAGAAAGAAUUUGCCCAGAAAGAAACAGACCGCAAAUGAUGAUCUUCUGUCUGAAAAAACAGUUUCUGAAAAUUCAUCAAUAAAUGGUGUUGAAAGGUCCAUAAAAUGUAAUGUUACAACUGAUGGGAAAUCGAAUCAGGAUGCAGAGAAAAUGAAGACAAGCAUGGAUGUAGUUUCGUUUACAUUUACAUCUCCCAUUAAAAGAUGUAUGCCUGAUAUACCUUCCACAAUUGAAGUUGUGGAACCGAGCUGCAGCGUUGAUAGUGAUCCUUCCGAUGACAAUGUUACACCAUUCUCGAAAAGCUCAGGAUUUUCUUCUCUUGGACUAAAUAAAAUUGGUGGGGAAGCUCUGAGUGUUAUUUUAGCAAAACAGCUACAUGAAUUGACAUAUAGAGUCGAGUCAUCCAGUUGCAAUAUCAUUUUUGAGGAGACUUCGUGUAGUCCCACAUCCAGUCAGCAAAAUUCAGUGCUCCCGUCUAGUACAGUGACCACUACAUCAACAGGACAUCACAAAAGACUUCCGGUGGAUCUAGUGAAAGACAUAUCACUUAGUUUCGAUGAUUUCGAUUGCUCUUCAAUUGACAAUCCGGAGCUUGAUUGGAGAAGGAAGUGGCAGCUUUCAGAAGAAAUUGAAGAUCGAAAUGCUAGCAGCAGCAGCAGCGAGACUGGCAUAGAAUUAGGUCUUCCAUGGCCUAGCCCGCUUUCAACUCUUGAACUUGCUACCAAGAAUGAGUGUUUCGCCGAUGGUAGUAGAGAUUACACCCGUGGCAUUAUGUGUUUCACUCCCGAUGAUGAAGUUUUAAGCUCAUCACCAAUCAAGUCUUCCCACACCGCUGGAGAAAUCGACGAAAAGCUUCUAACUACGAAAUCCGAUUCAACAGAUUUUAAAGAGUCAACCAAUUCCGAACUCGAUUAUGUUAAAAUGGUGCUAAAAGACUCCGACCUAAAGUUCAUAGAAUAUGCACUGGGUCAGACUGAUAAUAACAUGAUCCUGAAUGCCUUCGAUCGGCUCCAGCAUUGGAACGGAACAGAAAGACACGGAGAAGACUGCGAAAAGCUCGAACUAAAGCUUUUACUCGAUUGUGUGAGCGAAUCCCUGAAGCUAAGGUACGACCAAGUUUUUAUCGGAAGCUGCAAAGGAUAUGCUAAGUGGGGAACAUUGAUCCAAAACAAAGAAUGUCUAGCAGAAGAGUUGUACAAAGAUAUAUUGGGUUGGAGAAACAUGGCGGACAUAUUGGUGGUGGAUGACCUUGUAGGCAAGAACAUGAACGCAAAGCAUGAGAGAUGGCUUGAUUUUGACAUGGAAGCAUUUGAAGAAGCUUUAGAGGUUGAGAAUACCGUAUUAACUUGUCUUGUUGAUGAAUUAGUUUUUGAUUUAUUGCUUUAAAGGCUCUCUCAUAACCAUUUUCCCUUGUAAUUCACUGUCCAGCCAAGCAU